CAGUGUACACUUGUAUGAACUGGAUCUGCCUCAACCACACUGGACGCAUAAUCUCAAACUGUGAAUCAGAACAGACUGGCAAAGUCCAAAUGCCCAGAUGCAGGACAGCGUUGUUUACACAUUUUUAAAAGUCAGUUCUACAGGUUCAGGUUCUUGAACUUUGGAAAAGUCCCAUAUUAAUGAUUUACAGACCAAAAAAUAGAGCUUAAAAAGAGGAAGAUGUAAGAAAAGACUUAUCCUGUGGGAUCUGCAAAAUGUCUGGAAAGCCAGUUUGUGUGAGUGAUUUUGAACAAUGUGCCGAGAGAGUUCUUCCGAAAGCCGUGUAUGACUAUUACCGAUCAGGAGCAGACAAUCAGCAAACAUUAGCAGAUAAUGUAGCUGCAUUUUCCAGAUGGAGGCUGUACCCACGGAUGCUCAGGGAUGUGUCUGUAGUGGACCUGUCAACCUCUAUUUUUGGGCAGAAAAUCAGUAUGCCAAUAUGUGUCGGAGCAACCGCCAUGCAGCGCAUGGCUCACGUGGAUGGAGAAACCGCUACCGCCAGAGCAUGCAGGUCAGUGGGGACAGGGAUGAUGCUCAGCUCCUGGGCCACCUCCACCAUUGAAGAAGUUGCCCAGGCGGCUCCCGAUGGCCUUCACUGGCUGCAGCUUUACAUCUACAAGGACCGGGAGGUUACCAGGUCUCUCGUGCAGCGUGCUGAGAGAGCAGGCUACAAAGGAAUCUUCGUGACGGUGGACACGCCGUUCCUUGGCAAGCGCUUUGACGACGUACGCAACAGAUUCCAGCUUCCUCCACACCUCAGAAUGAAAAAUUUUGACACCAACGAUUUGGCCUUUUCCUCUGAGAAGGGCUACGGCGAAAAUAGUGGCCUGGCUGUUUAUGUAGCCCAAGCGAUUGAUCCGUCCAUCAAGUGGGAGGACAUUCAAUGGCUCAGACGACUGACAUCCCUGCCGAUCGUCGCUAAAGGAAUUCUCCGAGGUUUGUACAGAAUGAAAAAUUUUGACACCAACGAUUUGGCCUUUUCCUCUGAGAAGGGCUACGGCGAAAAUAGUGGCCUGGCUGUUUAUGUAGCCCAAGCGAUUGAUCCGUCCAUCAAGUGGGAGGACAUUCAAUGGCUCAGACGACUGACAUCCCUGCCGAUCGUCGCUAAAGGAAUUCUCCGAGGUUUGUACAGAAUGAAAAAUUUUGACACCAACGAUUUGGCCUUUUCCUCUGAGAAGGGCUACGGCGAAAAUAGUGGCCUGGCUGUUUAUGUAGCCCAAGCGAUUGAUCCGUCCAUCAAGUGGGAGGACAUUCAAUGGCUCAGACGACUGACAUCCCUGCCGAUCGUCGCUAAAGGAAUUCUCCGAGGUUUGUACAGGGAGAGAAGAGCAUGUUUUGCAAUUGACGUCUUGCCGGAAAUCGUCGAGGCUGUGGAAGGGAAGGUGGAGGUGUUCUUGGAUGGUGGAGUGAGAAAAGGCACAGAUGUUCUCAAGGCAUUGGCUCUUGGUGCUAGGGCAGUGUUUAUUGGAAGACCUAUCAUCUGGGGGUUGGUUUAUCAGGGUGAAGAAGGGGCAAAAGAAGUUCUCCAGAUGCUGAAGGAAGAAUUCCAGCUGGCAAUGGCACUUUCUGGAUGCCGGAGCGUGAAAGAGAUCGACAGGACAUUGGUACAAACAACGUCUGCUGUUGCCAAGAUUUAGCACAGGAAAGGUGUGGCUCUAGAUAAAGCUGCUGCGUUCAUUGUGUCCAGAUUGUUCUCUUUGGACCUUAUCAUAAAACUCUUACUUAGGA